AUGCUGAAAUAUCCAAAUCACCAUUAUGAUCUAAUAUCAACUGUACCAUUGAGUCCAUUUGUUGAAGGCCAAUGGAAUCGUAUAGUAACUUAUUCACCGAUGUAUGCUGAUUGGCCUGAUUAUGUGGUGACGAAUCCGAAACGAGCCCAUAAAGAUAUACUAAGAAAGCGAAGUUUAAUUAGUCCGGUGCACCUGAAAACUGUUCAAUUAGAAGAUAAACUAUUACUUAACGAACUUCAUAGCAUACAAAGAAUAGCUAAUCUUCCAACGUUAGUAUCCUAUACAGAAAGAUCUUCAUCUAAAGAAUCAAAAUAUAUCGACGGAGACAAUCUUCAACGAACAACAUCACCAACAGAUGAAUAUCAAAGAUCAGCAGAUUUUUUUCAUAUGACAAGAGAACCACCCAUGAUGCAUUCUAAUUAUGCUGAACAAUCACAAUCACUAUCACAUCAAACAUAUUCAACAAAACAUUCUUCAUUGGAGCCUAAGACGAAUAGUGGUAAAUCAAUGAAGCAUUUAAUUGAUUUUGAUUUUGGUCCGAAACCUCAAGCUUCUCUAAGUGUUCAACUUCGGCAAUCAACCAAAACUCGUCAACAAGCUCUUGCAACUUCGAGUGAUUAUCAGAGUCCAAGUUUACAAUCAAUGUCUUCAUUAAAACGAGCUGCUCCUAUCACUGGCAAUACCCCGCGCCGUGCUUAUCAAAUACAGCCAUUAUCGUAUCCUACAACACCAGCAUCUACUGAAACACAUGUCAUAAAUGGUCUUCAGGAAAAAUCAAAAACAAAUUCGUCGUGUUCAGGAAAAAUAUCAUCAUUGAGAAGUACAAAUUCAAGUCGUGCAACAGUACAUAUGUUAAAAACCAAAAAUGAUCGUGCGCGAGAAAAACAGCAUACUGAUUUAAAAACAGCUUUAGUCAAGCCGCACACGCAACAUCCAUUACGUGACAGUGCAUUAGAAGAAUCGAUUCCAAGUUCACUUGAUAAAAUGCGUAGAUUAGGUGGAUCGAUAACUGCAUUCGAAAAAAAUUUGGAUUAUAAUUAUAAUCGACAAUUAAAUCAAUUUAGAAUUGAUUUAAAACAAUGUUAG